ACCAUGAAGACUCUCGCGCUCCUCUCCAUCUGUGCUCUACUGUCGGUGUGCUGGUCCAUGGGAGCUGUUGAACCAGAGGUUGUCGUGGACACUGCUGCCGACACAACUGCUGAUGCUGCCCCCGCUGACCCAGCCGCUGCUGCGGCCCCAUCCUCCUCAUCCUCCGAGUCUUCUGAGUCCUCAGAGUCUUCAGAGUCUUCCGAGUCUUCUGAGUCUUCUGAGUCUUCCGAGUCUUCUGAGUCUUCCGAGUCCAAUUCGUCCUCUGCAUCCGACUCCAACUCUUCCUCAGACUCCUCAGCAUCUGAUUCCAACUCCAGCUCAGAUUCAUCCUCUUCCUCAUCCUCCUCGUCCUCGUCCUCCUCUUCAUCCUCCUCCUCCUCCUCCUCUGAAUCUAAAGAAUCCUCUGAAUCUUCUGAAUCCUCUGAGUCCUCUGAAUCCUCCUCCUCAUCCUCCUCCUCUUCAUCCUCCUCUUCUGAGUCCUCCUCCUCUGAGUCCAACUCUGCCGACUCCUCUGCCUCUGACUCUGCCUCUUCUUCUUCUUCUUCUUCAUCCUCCUCGUCUUCAUCAGAGUCCGCCAGCGAUGAGGCGGCUAAGGUGGUUGUGAAGAGAGACCUGGCUUCUGUCCUCCUGAGGAGAAGAAGAGCUGCUCCAGGAGGAGACCUCACCCCUCUGCAGCUGGAAAGCCUGAGAGAGGUGUGUGAGCUGAACGUCGCCUGUGACGAGAUGGCCGAUACUGCAGGAAUUGUCGCUGCGUACGUCGCCUACUACGGACCCGUCCCUUUCUAAAUCGAAGGCUCCGCUGUCAUCCACAUGGGGACUGUUUUACUCUGUCAUUUUUAUAAUCGAAUGCCGCAACAACUCCCCUGAAUCUAUCUGAAGGAGCAGACAAUCUAAACGAGCAAUUGGCCCAUGUUAUGAUGCUAGAUGGAGAUUUUUUUUUUUCCUUUUUUUCUUUUUAGGCACAAAUCCUUGCACAAGUGACCAGCUUUAGUGGUCCUGUAUGAAAAGGCCUCCUCCAGGCUUUCAGAGAGAGGCACAUGGAAACGCAAGCCUGUGAAGUAUGUAGUAGCCAACACAAGAUUAAAUUAUUCUUCACGUCUGUAGAUGAAUGGUGCUACUCGUGCAGAUGUAUUGUAUGUUAAUGUAUUGAUGUUUGUAUAUCGUGCUUUAGUCUUACUUUAACUGGAAGUAGUAAAAAUAAUACGUAGUGGAUGGAGUAGACUUCUUAGAGGUACUGUAGUUGUAGAAGUAGUUUAUUGUUACUGGUAGUGUACAGUGUGUGUUAAAUGCACAUCAGUUAUCUGUAAUGACUGUAACCACACAUUGCCUCUGGGUUUGAAAAUAAUAAAUUAUUUUGUU